CUCGGACAACCUCUGAAGGAAAGAUUCGCGUCCCGGGAAAUUUGGGCACCUCAAAGGAACUUGGCAGCGACAAAUUAUAUCCUAUUCUUACCUCUUCACAAAAACCUCGACAAUCUCACCUCGUCCCAAAACACAAUGGAGAAUCACGAUAAGCUCGAGCGCUUCGUGCAACUCGUCCUGCUGGACAAUGAGAAGGCCAUGGCAGCGGUCAGGUGCAUUCCGGUCGGAUUCUACCAAAUGUUGGAGGCAGUCGUCGACAAAUAUGACGGAGACGACCAGAACCAUUCCCUCUUAGUCAAGGCGUUAUACUUCGCCGUCGUCCUGCUCUACUGGAGAGGCGACAUGGCUCGAGCCAGCGUCGUCGGCAAACGGCUGGCCCAAUACCCGCAGACCGUGCAAGGAAACGACAAGGCCAUGUACCGCAUCAUCAUGGAAGAUGUCGAGAAGACAUGCUCAAGGAUCGAUGCUCGAGGCAGGCGCCCGACGUCGUGGGGGACGUGGGAAGACGACGUCCCGCGAGGCAUGGACGCAGAAACCUUCAAGAAGUGGCUGUGGAGGGUGGAAGGUCAGAGCAUCGAGAGAGGCCCCCGGGGGCUGAGGCGACGAAAUGUGUUUCCUCCUUACGCCCUUCUCCCGCGACCCCUGCCAGAAAGAUAUAAAGACCUGGGAAGCUUCCGACAGAAUCAGUGUUUUCUUGGAGAAAUCGUCAGUACCUAUGUGCUUGACUGCAGGGUCAUGGAGCUUGUCGACACCCUUGAUAGAGCCGUCUUGCUCUAUUUCGAUACUGACUCGCGCAAGUUCGAGGGGCGCCGUGGCCUCCUCAAACCGGGGCACACCGUGGCGGUGUUGAACGCCGAGAAGCGAGAACUCGGCGAAGGGACGGAUACCAUUCGUCAUCAGCACCCGGAACGGCUGAAGAUCUUCCCAUGGCGCCUUGAGCACCUCAUGGAUGUCAGUGACAUCAUACAAGAGCACACGGUCCUGCCUGGGCGCCGAGGCAAGAGAAAGUGCCAGGGAUGCGGCGCAGAGGGCGACGAGGAAUCGAUGACCAGUUGCGGCGAGUGUCGGUGCGUUUGGUACUGCAAUCGGCCCUGCCAGGACCAUGGCUAGAGGCGAAUGGGCCAUAGGGCCGAUUGCAAGGUGCUACAAGACGCGGACCUCCGCGCGCUGCUGACGCUUGGCCCAUGCGGCCUUCAGCACGCGGGCGAUAUAUCAUUCCCGCUGGCCGAGGCCUUGGGCUCGGCGUGAGACGGGUGGGCAUGUGGAGGGAAAGUCUGCCAAGAAUGCGGGCUCGCUGGGCGGUCGACACGAACGGGGCUAGUUUUUGGAACUUUUUUGGAGCAUGAAACAAGUAUUCGGGGCUGGCCAAGAGAAUGCCAGCACUAUCUGGACAGGUUGUGUGGCUUGGGAAAGCCCCUGCUUCCCAACAACAUCCGGCGAGGAAAGCCGCGCCUAUAUCGGGCAAGGAGGUGUAAGGUAUAUAUACUUGUUAACAAUAUUUUUCGGGCUCGC